GUGACAGCAGCUGAAGUUGGCCACCCAUGACUGUGUUGACAAGUAGCUAACCACUGGAAGUGUUUGGCCACACACACAUCCACCCCACUCACGCUCGGGGGGGUUAUAGUGUGUUUUCUGUGUGUUCCGGAUGCAGAACAUCCUUGAACAAAACUUAGACAUGGCCACAGCUUUACUCGCUGGGGAGAAGCUCAAGGAGCUGAUCCUGCCAGGCUCCUCUCAAGAUGAGAAAGGCGGAGCCCUGGCCAGUUUAAUGGUCCAGCUAAAACUCGAGCUGCCUUUUGAUCGGGUUGUCACUAUAGGAACCGUCAUCAUCCCCAUUCUGCUCGUCACCCUCGUCUUCACUCGGAACUUUGCAGAGGAGUCUAUAUACUGUUACACCCCACAUAACUUCACCAGAGACCAGGCACUGUAUGCACGAGGCUACUGCUGGACAGAGCUGCGUGAUGCUGCACCUGGUGUUGAACCUCACCUCUGGCCUUCACUAUUUGAACACAAGUUUCUGCCCUAUGCCCUGCUGGCCUUUGCUGGAAUCAUGUACAUUCCCGCUUUGGGCUGGGAGUUCCUUGCAUCUACACGGCUCACUUCAGAGCUCAACUUCCUGCUUCAAGAGAUUGAUAACUGCUACCAUCGAGCCGCUGAGGGCCGAGCCCCAAAGAUCGAGAAGCAGAUCCAGUCCAAAGGACCUGGUAUAACUGAGCGAGAAAGGAGAGAGAUCAUAGAGAACGCGGAGAAGGAGAAGAGCCCUGAGCAGAACUUGUUUGAGAAGUAUUUGGAAAGACGGGGCCAAAGUAAUUUUCUGGCUAAGAUUUACCUGGCGCGCCACCUUGCCAUUAUCUGCUUGAGUUCUAUCCCUAUUUCUUACCUGAGCGCCUACUAUGCCCGCCAAAGGCAGAAUGAAUUCACCUGUGCCCUGGGUGAGCCUCCAGACACGAGCAGCUACCCAGACUUGAAGCUCAGGGUCAACUGUAAGCUGCCUGCUGUGCAGCUGCAGCGCAUCAUGGCGGCAGUGGAUAUCGCCCUGCUCUGCACAAUGAACCUCAUCAUCCUGCUUAAUUUGCUGCAUUUGUUUGUGGUGCGCAAAUCCAACUUUGUAUUUGACAAACUGCAUAAAGUAGGUAUUAAGACGCGCAGGCGUUGGCAAAAGUCUCAGUUCUGCGACAUCAACAUCCUGGCUAUGUUCUGCAAUGAGAACAGGGACCACAUCAAGUCGCUCAACCGGCUGGACUUCAUCACCAACGAGAGCGACCUCAUGUAUGAUAACGUGGUUAGGCAGCUGUUGGCUGCCCUUGCACAGUCCAAUCAUGAUGCUACACCCAGUGUGAGGGAUUCUGGGAUACAGACAAUAGACCCAAAUAUGGAUCCCUCUGACCUUGGAGUAGGGGAGAUGGGAGGAGAGCCGCUGGUCAUCAAACGUCCUCGAAAGAAGAUUAAAUGGAUUCCAAGCUCCAAUCCUCUUCCUCAGCCAUUCAAGGAACCUCUUACCCUGACUCGUUUGGAAAAUAACACCAAAACCGAAAAGCCCAAACCCCUCAGACGGAAAAACGUUGCAGACAGCUUCAUAGCACCACUUCUGGAUAGUAAGAGUACACAACAUCCUUCCUCAAAAGAUUUAAGUGGGAUUGAGAAAAAGCACACACGUAAUUUCUCACUGGAUGUCCAUCCGUACAUGCUGACCAUUCGUAAACCCAAAGUGGAGGCUGCGACCACAGACCCACUCCCCACAGACCACAGCAUGGAUUCAGUGUACCUGGAAGGAACGCACACAAUUGUUCAUGUGUCUGGUGCCAUUACAGAAACAAAGGUCUGCUCUCCCCAGUCAACCAACACUGCCUUUUCUACAUUGACGCUGCCCACUGCCACAUAUGUCAACGGAGUGAGUCCCAACCCACCAUCUAGUGAUGACCCGCUCAGUCCCAAACCCUCACCUCCCCCAAGCGAGGCUCUCUCCCAUGUAGAAAACCACGAGGCUCAGUCACCACCCCUGACCAGAGCCCCCACACACCAGCUGCUCAGUAUUCGCCACACUCUCUUUGAGGAAGAGGAAGAUGAGGAAAAUCGAAGAGACAGGCUGGCAGAGAGGCCGGGAGAGCUUAUUGCUGCUGGCGAAUGUUGA